AACAUGAAAAGAUGAUCAUUUCAUGUAUUUUCUGAUCCUCCUUUUAUUUGAUUGAUCUAUUAGCUGGUUUUCUGUCUUUAAGAGUUGUUGUUAUUGCUGUGGUACAGUCUUUUGGUCAUGUUCAACUCUUUGUGACCCCAGGGACCAUAGGUAUGCAUGGAUUUUUUUAUUUUGGGGGCAAGAAUACUGGAGUGGUUUGCAAUUUCCUUCUCCAGUGGAUUCUUUUGUCAGGCAGUCAGGGACUAAGUGACUUGCCCAGAGUCACCCAGCUAGGAAGUAUCUGAAUCUGGAUUUGAACUCAGGUCUUCCUGACUCUAAGCCCAGCAUUCUAUCCACUGAGCCACUUAACUGCCUCCUAAUAGAUAUACACACAAAUAUAAGAGCAAUGACUAAGUAUUAUGAAUCAACCCAAAUGAUCAUCAUUUUAACUAAAUAUUUUAACUUCAAAAAUAUAAGAAAAGAGUUUGUAGUUGGAUAAACAGAGCAACAGAAAACCAAGAUAUCCUAGGUCAGUUGCAAAAUUCUUAAAUAAAAAAAUGAGUAUUUGAAAUUUUCCAACCUAAAAACAACCUCUGUGGCAGUAAAGCCAGUUCUGCAGAAUCCUUGGGCCAUAUUUUCCCGGGACUACAAAAACCUUUAUUAUUCAAUUGCAUGCUCCUCAAGUGCUUUUAAAUACAAGUUUACAUGAUAGCUUGAUAAUCUCUCCAAUUUAUUUCAUUUUAGAAACAGUAAAAGUAAAACUGAAUGCAAAUAGUUGACACGAUGUCUUUUAGCUUAUGUCCUUAGUCAUUUUAGUUGCAUUCCACUGACUGCUAUAUUUUCUCAGUAGUAGAUACCAUCAGGAAUGUAACAGUAAUACCCUCAGCCCAAGGGCAGGAAGCUGCAUGCCUUACAUAAGAAUUAAAUCUAGUAUGAAGUUUCAUAUUUGCUUAGGAGAGGAGGAAAUGAAGAAGAAAAAAGGGCGGGGAAUGAAGAGUUCUGGGAAAAUGUUAAAGACAGGAGGAGAUUGGCUUAUUGAAACCCAAAGAACAGACCCAGAACACGUCCGAUCCCUUUCCUUGAGUGUGGACGCUUAUUUUUCAUGGUGCAUUAACUUUUCUUGACACAACUGCACAUGCUAACUCAGAUUAGGUUCUUAAGAGAAACUCUUGACUUUUAGCUACUUUCUACUUCAAGAUCUGGUGUUUGGAGAUAUGAUGUCUCAUUCUGAGAAGUCAGAUACUCUGGUUUUCUUUGUGAAUGGAAGAAAGGUAAUUGAGAAGAAUGCAGACCCUGAAGUAAACUUAUUGUUCUACUUGAGAAAAAAGCUCCGUCUUACAGGAACCAAAUAUGGCUGUGGAGGAGGAGGCUGUGGGGCUUGCACAGUGAUGAUAUCAAGAUAUGACUCCAGCAGCAAGAAGAUCCGACAUUACUCUGCCACAGCCUGCUUGAUUCCUAUAUGCUCCCUCUAUGGGGCUGCAGUCACCACAGUGGAAGGUAUUGGAAGCACUAAAACCAGGAUUCACCCUGUUCAGGAAAGGAUUGCCAAAGGCCAUGGCACACAAUGUGGGUUCUGUACUCCAGGGAUGGUGAUGUCCAUAUAUACUCUCCUGAGAAACCACCUGCAACCAUCCACUGAGCAGCUGAUUGAAACCUUGGGGGGUAACCUGUGUCGCUGUACUGGAUACCGGCCAAUUGUAGAAAGUGGGAAAAGUUUCAGUACUGAGACAUCUUGCUGUCAAAUGAAAGGAUCAGGAAAAUGUUGCUUGGAUCAAGAAGAAAAUGAAUCUGAGAAUAAAAAUGAUGUCUGUACCAAACUGUACAAAGAAGAAGAAUUUUUGCCCUUGGACCCGACCCAAGAACUUAUAUUUCCACCUGAACUCAUGAGAAUGGCAGAAGAGCCAAUACAGAAAACACUGGUGUUCCAGGGUGAGAGGGUAACUUGGAUUUCCCCUGCAACCCUGACUGACCUUUUGGAGCUCAAAUUGCAAUAUCCCAAAGCACCUCUUGUUAUGGGGAACACCUUUGUGGGACUCAACAUGAAAUUUAAAGGUGUCUGUUAUCCAGUUAUUAUCUCUCCCUCUAGAAUCUUGGAACUUCAAGUUGUGAUGAUUGAUGCAAAAAAAGGAUUGACUAUAGGUGCUGGCUGCAGCCUAGCCCAGGUGAAAGAAAUCCUGACUGAAAUGAUUUCAGAGUUCCCAGAGGAAAAGACUCAAACAUAUCAAGCUCUCUUGAAACAACUGAGAACUCUGGCUGGACAGCAGAUCAGAAAUAUGGCUUCCUUAGGAGGACACAUCAUAAGUCGGAUGGCAAGGUCUGAUCUCAAUCCUGUUUUAUGUGUAGGCAACUGUAUACUCAACUUAGCAUCAAAAGAAGGAAUACAACAAAUUCCUUUAAAUGAUCAUUUUCUUGCUGGGUCACCAGAUGCAAACCUUACAUCAGAACAGGUUUUAGUCUCUGUUUUUAUUCCUCUCUCUAGAAAGUGGGAGUUUGUGUCAGCCUUCCGACAGGCACAACGUCAGCAGAAUUCCUUAGCAAUUGUGAAUUCUGGAAUGAGAGUCCAUUUCAAGGAUGGCACAAAUAUCAUUAUGGACUUAAACAUUUUAUAUGGAGGAAUUGGUUCUACUACUGUCAGUGCAAACAAAUCAUGUCAGCAGCUCAUAGGAAGGGCAUGGAAUGAGGAGAUGUUGGAUGAAGCCUGCAGGCUAGUCCUAGAUGAAUUGACUAUCCCAGGCUCAGCCUCUGGUGGAAUGGUAGAAUACAGAAGAACUCUCAUGAUCAGUUUCUUCUUCAAAUUCUACUUGGAGGUGUUACAGGAAUUAAAUAUUAGGGACCACAGAUAUCCUGAUAUCCCCAAGAAAUUCCAAAGUGUCCUGGAAGACUUCCCCUUAACCAUACCCCAUGGAAUACAGACUUAUGAGUGCAUAGACUCUCAUCAGCCACUUCAAGAUCCAGUUGGCCGUCCAGUCAUGCAUCAAUCAGGUAUUAAACAUGCCACUGGGGAAGCCAUGUUUUGUGAUGAUAUGCCUGCUAUUGAUGAAGAACUCUUCCUAGCUGUAGUAACCAGUACAAGGCCUCAUGCAAAAAUCAUCUCAAUUGAUGUAUCUGAGGCUCUGGCCUUGCCUGGAGUCGUUGACAUAAUAACUUCUCAAGAUGUUCCAGCUGAAAAUGGUGAUGAGGAAGAGAGGCUCUAUGCUGAGGAUGAGGUCAUUUGUGUGGGACAGAUUGUCUGUACUGUGGCGGCUGAUUCAUAUUUUCAUGCCAAGCAAGCAGCUAAAAAGGUGAACAUUGAGUAUGAAGAUGUGGAACCAGUAAUUUUGACAAUUAAGGAUGCAAUAAAACACAAGUCAUUCAUUGGAUCAGAAAAAAAAUUAGAACAAGGAGACAUUAAGGAGGCAUUUCAAACUGUUGAUCAAAUCAUUCAAGGUGAGGUACAUAUGGGAGGACAGGAACAUUUUUAUAUGGAAACUCAGAGUGUACUUGUGAUCCCAAAGGUGGAGGACAAAGAGAUGGAGAUAUAUGUAUCAAGCCAAGAUGCUGCCCUUGUACAGGAAAAAGUGGCUUCUGCUUUGGGUGUUUCCAAAAACAGAAUCAUGUGCCACAUGAGAAGGGCUGGAGGAGCUUUUGGAGGUAAAAUGACCAAGCCUGCUCUACUGGGAGCUGUGGCUGCUGUGGCAGCAAAUAAGACUGGCCACCCAAUUCGUUUUAUUUUGGAGCGUGGAGAUGACAUGUUGAUAACUGGAGGACGACAUCCACUACUUGGGAAAUAUAGGAUAGGCUUCAUGAACAAUGGCAAAAUCAAGGCAGCAGAUAUUGAAUAUUAUAUUAAUGGAGGAUGUACACCAGAUGAAUCAGAAAUGGUAAUAGAAUAUGCUUUGCUCAAACUGGAAAAUGCUUAUAAAAUUCCUAACCUCCGGAUACAAGGUCGUGCUUGCAAAACCAACUUGCCUUCCAAUACAGCCUUCAGGGGCUUUGGUUUUCCCCAGGGCAGCUUUGUGACAGAGAGCUGGAUAACAGCUGUGGCAGCUAAAUGCAAUUUAUCACCAGAGAAGGUUAGGGAACUAAAUAUGUACAAGACAGUUGAUAAAACAAUCCAUAAACAGGAAUUUGAUCCAAAGAACCUGAUAAGAUGUUGGGAUGAAUGUAUGGAAAAAUCUUCAUAUUAUAGCAGAAAAGAGGCCAUAGAAUUAUUUAAUCAGCAGAAUUACUGGAAGAAAAGAGGGAUUGCCAUUAUUCCUAUGAAAUUCUCUGUAGGAUAUCCAAAGACAUAUUAUCAUCAGGCCGCUGCCUUGGUUCACAUCUAUACAGAUGGGUCUGUAUUAAUUACACAUGGGGGAACUGAACUGGGACAAGGUCUGAACACCAAAAUGAUACAGGUGGCCAGUCAUGAACUAAAGAUACCAAUGUCAGAUGUAUACCUAAGUGAAAUGAACACUGCAGCAGUGCCAAAUACUGUCAGCACUGCAGGAUCAGUUGGAGCAGAUGUCAAUGGAAAAGCGGUGCAGAUUGCCUGUCAAACUCUAAUGAAACGCCUUGAACCCAUCAUCAGCAAGAAUCCCAAUGGUACUUGGAAAGAAUGGGCUAAUGAAGCCUUUACCCAAAGCAUUAGUCUGUCAGCCACUGGAUAUUUUAGGGGCUAUAAAGCAAACAUGGACUGGGUAAAAGGAGAAGGUGAUGUUUAUCCAUACUUUGUUUAUGGAGCUGCCUGUUCUGAAGUUGAAGUUGACUGCUUAACAGGAGCACAUAAGAACAUCAGAACUGACAUAGUCAUGGAUGCCUGUUUUAGCAUUAAUCCUGCUAUAGAUAUAGGACAGAUUGAAGGUUCAUUUACCCAAGGGGUUGGACUUUAUACUAUGGAAGAACUGAAAUACUCUCCUGGGGGAGUCUUGUACAGCAGAGGCCCAGAUGAUUAUAAAAUUCCUUCAGUCACUGAUAUCUCAGAGGAACUCAAUGUUUCCUUAUUAACAUCCACCAAAAACCCAGUGGCUAUCUACUCAUCUAAGGGUUUAGGUGAGUCAGGAAUGUUCCUUGGAUCAUCUGUAUUCUUUGCUAUAGUUGAUGCUGUGACUGCAGCACGUAAAGAGAGAGGACUGACCCAAGCUUUUAUGAUGAACAGCCCUGCAACCCCUGAGCUGAUUCGAAUGAUCUGUCUGGAUAAAUUUACUGACUUGAUUCCACAAGAUGACCCCACGUCCUAUAAGCCUUGGUCCAUCUCUGUAGCCUAAUGCUUGAGUUCCAGAAGAUGACAUAACUAUCUGAUGAAUUUAAAGACUGCCAUUCACCAAUAUAAAUGUUUCUGUUUUUAAAUCCAUAGAAAAAAUAUUUAAUUCUUAAAUACAGUUAUACUUACUUUAGUAAUCUUAGAAUCUCAAAAUGCAUAAGCAAUUAAACUUUUUUCCUAUUAAAACUUUAAAUAAAAUCUUACUUUUUAAUAUAUUAUUUUUUAAUUAUGCUAAUGGAAAAAUGAGUAGUAUUUGGCCAGGUAAAUAAAAGAGAAAAAGGAGAUAUGAAACUCAUUGCUAUUUUUUAAGUAAAGUUGUGAGAAUAGAAAACAAGUUAUUUUCUUAUAACUAGUAAAAAUUUCCAUGUGAUAUCAUUAAAAUGAACUGUUUCAGUUGAAUUUUUCUUUUGCAAACUUGGAGAAUGUGUUAAGGAGAGCAAACUAAUGCAGCAAGAACAGCCAGUCAGAAGUCCAAAUUAUAGGAAUCAUUACCUUUAUUACUGACUAGCGGGGUGGCCCCAGAGGUGAGGGAGAGGGAAGUAUACUAAAGGAAGGAAUUGGUAGUUUUCAACACAGCAUACAUAUGUGUCUUUAUUAGGAUUCUGCAGAGCAAGCAAGCAAUAAAUCACAGAGGUAGACUUUAUACUUUUAACAACUUCUCAGGAUUUCAGUGUUUAUCAUUGGGGGGGUUGGGGUGGGGGGGUAUUAGUCCUGCCAUAAAUUUAACCCUAGGGUAGACUGUGUCUGAAUUCGUGGGGAAACCUGCAGCUUUCAGAGGAGACCAGCAGGCAUUGGCUGAAAAUGUGGUUUUUGUUUCCUUCCCUGAAGGCUUCCUGGACAUGCCUAGGACUGGGGGUUUUUGUCUGCCUCAAAUGAUUAUUUAAAAAAUCCCAAAAUUUUGCCUUUUAUGUUAGGAUUAAUAUUAAGUAUGGGUUCCAAGACACAAGAGUGGAAAAGGCUAAGCAACUGAGUUCAAAUGAGUUGUCCACGGUAGUGGUUAGGAAGUAUCUGAGAUGAGAUAAGAACCCAAGACCUCCUAUCUUUAGGCCUGACUCUCUACCACCACUCCAUAAAGAAAACUUCUCUGACUGGGAAUUGAACCUAUAAUUUCAUUAUAUAACAUAUAUAAUUAAACUCUAUGGGACAAUAUAUAGUUUUUGUUUACAUGUGUUUUCUGUUCCUGUUAUUGAUUUCCUCAACAAAAUUUCAUAGACAUAUCCAUUUAUACAGUAAGAGUGAGACUUUAAGAUAAUAAUUUCAUGUCAUGUUUAAAAUUAUGGUUUUAAGAAAAUAAGGUUUUGCCUAUUAAAUAUAUUAUUAAUG